GCGCUUUUCAUGACGUCACAGAGCUAUUUAAACUCCUAAAGCCGAGAAAUACUUUACUUUGUUUUAUUAGGGUAGCGUGUGUACCUAGCAAAGACGUCUAUCUUAAGGGAUUCAUCACAUUGCUUCUCAGUGCUCAGAUUAACGUCCCUGUCGAUCCAAAAAGUCCUGAAGAUGGAGGACCCACUGCAGGAAAAUAUGCAGAGAUCCAUGCUGCGCUGCAGGAAGUGUCGGAAAAGCAUCAUAGACUCAACAUGUUUGUUAACGAUUCCAGACACAGAUGAAGCCUCUGCUGAUGUUUGCAGUAUUUGGCACCUCGAUAUUGACACAUUGCCAGAGUGGAUUUUGACCUCAGUUCACCAAACCCAGUGGACUGCUGGAAAACUGAACUGCCAGAAUUGUAGAGCUCGCCUGGGAGGCUUCAACUUCAUUAAUCGCAGUCAGUGUCCCUGUGGCACUGACGCCUCCAUUCACUUCAGCAAAAGCCGCCUGGAUUACGACCACAAGCACUCCAUCCUGAUCGGCCAGCCUUUAAGGUCGAGGCUCAACAGGGGACAGAUGGACGUUUCUCAGAAUCACGAGGAGAGGGCUGAGUUUAACACGACUACACUGGAUAGAUUUCAGGAUUUUAACUGUGCUGCUACAAUGCCUCAUGAGAGUCCUAUGGAGGCCUCAAAUCCACAAACUGAUGGACAAACUCCUGUAGAAAGAGAAAAUGCUCUCUGGAAGAGUGUGCCAGCUUCCUGUGGUCGUGAUUUUUACCCUGAUGUUGUCUCACAUCCUGCAAGCGAGCAGCUUCACACAGAUGGUGAAGCCUCUUCAUCUGUUUCUGAGGGUACGCAGCCGCCUCUGGAUCAGCAUCUCCUGCUAACUGAGGAGGGUGUCGAGUCUUCUGUAGAGACUGCAGCUCUCUGCGACGAGGUUUCUGAUCCUGCUGUGUUUCUCAGAAGGAGAUGGAUCUCUGACAGUGUCUCUGAGCAUGAAGAAGAACCAGUGCCUCAAACCUCUGUGGGCUCCCCACCCUCAAACAGCCUUAGCAAAAGAGAGAAGAACCAUCUGAAGAGUGUGAGACGGAAACAAAGGAGGAGAGAGAGAUGGCUGCAACACCAGAAGGAGAAAGCACUGGCUGAACGUGUGAGAGUUUUGCUGCUGGAUGAUGAUGAUGAUGAGGAAGAGGAGGAGGAGGAGGAGGAGGAGGAGCACCAGGAGAACAGGGAGAACCUCACCUGUGCCGUCUGUCUGGAUGUCUACUUCAGUCCUCACAGAAGUCAGGCCUGUGGUCACGUCUUCUGCGAGCCAUGUCUUCGUGCACACGCCAUGAACAGCGGAAAGGACAAGACCACCUGCCCUCUCUGCCGGGAUGUCAUCUUAUACACCAACUUACAAACCGAGCUCGAUCAAAGGGCAAAAACCCUUUUCCCAAAACUUUACGAGGCUCGCAAGCGUGAAUUUGAGGCUUCGCCGUGUGCAUCAUGGCCUCUGCCUGAAGGUAUCAGAGACGAAGAUUUUCCCGUGCUUCAUUUUUACGGACUGCAAUCGGACCACAUUUCAUUAAAGAUAUUUUUUGUCAUCAGCUACAUCCUGUGCUGUUUCCUGGUUCUAGCGUUCCUCUGGUUUAUCCUAUUCUUCUAUUGGUUUAGACCUUAUGGUCUAAUUCCAUCAUGUUUUGCAGGUUACGCCUGUUGAAUCGCAUGUCGGAUGUUAAUAGAGUCUGGGAAUACUUCCAAAACAACAGAGGGCAUGUGAGACAUUUGCAGAAAUUGUUGGGAAAAGUUUACAGUAUUGAGUGUGAUUAGGGUUUAAUAACUACCUAAUUACUUUAAAAAUCUUCAGUCUGAUGAUUUUUGUCAUGCUAACACAACAAAGCACAGAACUGCAAAACUGAGCUUCUUGUGUCAUGUUCAAUAAGGUCACUUGACAGCAAUUUGAAUUUUGAAUGCCAUAUUUCUUAAAUUAAAAGGUGACCAAGCUUUGAGGCAUCACCUGAAGACGACCGUAUCAGUGUUUUUAUUUUUUUCAACCAUGUGCUGGUCUUUAAUUUCUGUCUGUCAUGUUUCACAACAGAUACUCGUAUGGAUGUAAAAAAAAAAUUAAAAAAAUUGAAUGUAAGUACAUAUCCUAGCUCUGUGUUUGUGCCUUGACUUAUGUACACUUCAUCCAAACUGUGAAGCACUUUGUGUUUUCAAAAGUGCCAUCCAAAGAUCUUGCUGCUGUUCUAUUUUCUGUAUUAAAUGUACAGAGACACGCUGCUUCUGUGAAAUGUAAUCCAUACCAGGAGUCUCAAUAAAGGUUAGC